AUGGAUGCAUUUCAGUCUGUGGCGUCCGAUUACGGACGGAGAGGCCUCGUCAACCCAUUUUUGGGAGCUCUAUGGGCUGCUCUCAUUGUCUGGUAUCUGGUGACGUAUCUCAUCUCCCCUCUGCGCCGCUUCCCCGGUCCAAUUCUCGCAGGAUGGACCAACCUCUGGCGGAUAUACCACGUCCGAAAGGGAAAAGUGCAUAUCAUUACCACUGAAUUGCACAAAAAGUACGGUCCAGUUGUUCGGAUCGCGCCCAAUGUGGUCGACUUGGAUAUGCCCGAGUUGAUCCGCACCAUAUACAGCACCCGCGGCGACUACCGCAAAACCGAGUUCUACCAUGGAAGUAGUGCGAAGAACAACGGCAAGAUUAUUUAUAAUCUCUUCAGCGAGUGUGAUCCGCAGGUGCACGCGCAGCAGAAGCGGCCAAUUGCAAAGCAUUACUCCAUGUCGGGUGUGUUGCCCCUGGAGCCUCAUAUCGAUGAGACGAUUGGUUUCCUGUGUCGGAGACUGGAGGAGGAGUUUAUUGAUGGACCGAAAGCUGGAAGCCUUUGUGACAUUGGCCAAUGGCUACUCUACUAUACCUGGGACGUGGUAGGAAAAGUCACCUUCAGUGAACCCAUCGGGUACCUCGAAAAGGGCUAUGACUUCGACCACACCAUCGCCAUUUCCGACAAGGCCAUGGAUUACUUUGCGUUGGUGAGUCAACUGCCCAUUCUCGACCACCUCCUGGACAAGAACCCCAUCUACCGGAUCGGCCCGCCGUCGUUCGGGAACAUCACCAACAUCUCCAUCCAACACCUCGUCGACCGCCUCCAGGGCAAAGAUACAGCAUACCACGACCCAAGCAAGCCAGACUUCCUCGAUAAGUUCAUCGAAGCAAAAGCCACGUUCCCCAAUGUGGUCGACGACGCCCAGAUCAUCUCCUACCUGAUGAUCAACAUGAUCGCCGGCGCAGACACCACCGCCAUCACCCUCAAUGCGGCGCUGUACUUUGCGCUCAAGAACCCGGCCGUGUGGAAACGACUGCAGGACGAGACUUCAUCUCUCCAUUCCGAGGGAUCAACAAUCGUACCAUUCAAAACCGCGCAGGAUCUACCCUACCUCAACGCCGUAAUCCGCGAGGCCAUGCGCAUGCACCCCGGCGUCGCCAUGUGUCUGGAGCGCUACGUCCCAGACGAAGGCCUCACCCUCCCAGACGGACAGUUUAUUCCCGGAGGAUGCAUCGUCGGCAUGAACCCCUACGUACUCGCCCGCAACCAAUCCGUCUGGGGCGAGGACGCCGAAUCCUUCCGGCCGGAGCGGUGGCUUCGCGACAACACCCGCGAAACCGAGGAGGUCUACCAGGAGCGCCUCAAGCGGAUGAAUGCUGCGGACCUGACCUUUGGUGCGGGGAGCCGGGUGUGUAUUGGUCGGAACUUGGGGAUGAUGGAGGUGUACAAGGUCCUGGCCACGCUGAUCUCGAGGUAUGAGGUUGAAUUGGCGGAUCCGAUGCGGGAAUGGAAGACGCAUAAUAGCUUUUUUGUUCGUCAGGAGGGGAUUGAGGUGAGGCUUCGUCGGCGGAGCACUUAG